GUAUGAGACCAUGAAUUCUGUGUAUCGGGAUACUAUUAUGGUUUAACUUUUCUUUCAAUGUACAUUCUCUACACAAAUUUCGUGCAGAAACUUAUAAGCUUGCUGCACAUAUUUGUCACAGGAUGUUUUAUGGACCUGGCGGACCUUAUGCAUUGUUUGCCGGCAAGGAUGCUAGCAGGGCUCUAGCAAAGAUGUCUUUUGAAGAUAAAGAUUUAACCGGUGAUGUCUCUGGUCUUGGUCCAUUUGAAUUGGAAGCCUUGCAGGACUGGGAAUACAAGUUCAUGAGCAAAUAUGUAAAGGUUGGGACAAUCAAGAAAACAGUUCCAGUAACUGAUGGAACCUCCACCAGUGAACCUGCUGCAGAGGCUACAGAAAGUGAUGCUUCUAAGCCAGCUGAAGAUGGUCCCGCAGCUACGGCACAUGUCGAAACCCCCGCUGUUGCUGAAUCCAAGGAGGAAUAGUGUUGCCUUCAAGUGCUCAUUUGAGAAGUCGGCGAAGCAUCCCCAAUGAAGAAAGAGUUACUGUUUGAACGCUUGCUUUUGGUGGAUCUUGCCGCUUGCAUUAUGUUUUAGCAUCUUACAUUUCUCAGUUUAAAUGCUCCUAUUAUAAACUUGCUUUAAUUUUCAGUCUGUUAACUAAUAAAUUGGUUAUAUAAAAUGUCAAUUUUAACU